GUGUGUGCUCCUCCCUCCUGCAGCGAGGUGGACAUAUAAAGCCCUCUCCUUUCCUAGCAGCACACUCUGCCUGGAGACCCUCAAUAAGUGUCAUUUUCCCACUAAGCUCCCAUAACGAUUUUUUUCCUUCUAAGUAUUUCCCUUUUUAAGGUAAUAUUUAAAGUCAUAUUCCAGGGCUGCCUGCUUACACCUUUUUAUUGAAAUGCCUCUCUUCAUCGGAAUUAACCUGUUGGUUUAUAACGGCUACUUUUAAGCAUGUCGUGGUUCCUUGUAAACAUCAGUAACAUCACUUUGGGGGACGCACUCUCUGACGAUGAUCCGCGGGAUGAGCGCUUGGCUCAGGUGGAAAUAGCUCUCCUGUCCAUCAUCUUCGUCACCGCGGGGAUCCUAAACUCCGGGCUGCUUCUGGUGCUGUGGAAGCGCAGGAAGCAGCUCUCCAGGAUGCGCGUCUUUGUCCUCCACCUGUGCGUCGCCGAUCUUGUGGUCACAUUCUUCCAAGUUUGUCCGCAACUCAUGUGGGACAUCACGGACCGAUUUGUGGGGCCGGACGUAUUGUGUCGCGCGGUGAAGUACCUGCAGGUGGUCGGGAUGUUUGCUUCUACUUAUAUGAUCGUGGUAAUGACGAUAGACCGAUAUCAAGCCAUCUGUAAACCCAUGGUGACUUUCCAGAAGCGCAGGGCGCGUUGGAACGGUCCUGUUUGCGCCGCCUGGUGCGCCUCUCUCAUCGGCAGCCUCCCGCAGAUCUUCAUCUUCUCCCGGGUGGAGGUGGCCCCCGGUGUGUACGACUGCUGGGCACAGUUCAUAAAACCGUGGGGUCCCAAAGCCUACGUGACAUGGACUACUCUGGUGAUAUUCGUGCUGCCCAUUCUCCUGGUGAUCGUGUGCCAGGUGCGCAUCUGCCGCACAGUGUACACUAACUUCCACAUGAAGACGCAGCAGGGCGCGCAGGCGGUCAGUAAGCCGCUGUCCUCGCGGGCCAGCAGCGUGGCAGGGGUGUCCAAAGCCCGGGUGAAGACGGUGAAGAUGACCGUGGUGAUCGUGUUCGUAUACAUCGUCUGCUGGGCGCCUUUCUUCACCGUGCAGCUGUGGUCCGUGUGGGACGUUGAGGCGCCCACUCAGACUGCUACCUUCACAAUCCUGAUGCUGCUGGCCAGUCUGAACAGCUGUGCUAACCCCUGCAUCUACCUGCUGUUCAGCGGGAAGCUGCCCAAGACUAUGGUGGCCCUGAUGUGUGCGGAUCAGCGUGACCUGAAGGAGUCCAUCCAGGAGGAGGCCACCAUGGUCAGCUCCCUGUACAUCAGCCUCAAGAGUCUGUCAGAAAGCAGAUAA